AUGGCGCCCCGACUCAACCUUUUCACAGCCAACAAGGCCGUCUCGGCCCUGCGCCAAUCCACCACUCCCGCACUGUCUUCUCCCCGGAGCAUCGCCAGCCCCGUCCGAUUCCGCGCCGUCCAGUCACUACCCAUUCAGCGCCGAUGGAACUCCUCCGAUGGCCCCAAGAAGGUCGAGCCCCAGCCUGACGAGCAGACUUUCCCGACUGUCGAUCAGCUGCCCGAUGUUACCGAGGAGGCCAACGAGAUCUCCCGAAUUAUGGAUAAGGAAAAGCGCUGUGAUGGUAUUCCUUCUACUCCGGAGUUGGAUCAGGGAUCGCCUGUUGAGGAGAUCCUCAGCCGCGAUAAGGACGCCAUGAAGCACAUGCCGAAGGUUAUGCGGGAUGCAUUGAAGAAGUCUGGUGGCUCGCGCUCAUUCUCGACUUCCGCCCGGAGCCUUAUGAAUGAUUUGCAGGGUGUUACGCCCAACAACGAGUCUAACCUUAUUCCUAGUAUGCCUGGACUCGAGGGCGCUAGUGAUGAGGCGACUGCUGCUCUUGCUAGCAUGAUUGAGCAGGUGCAGGGCCAGGCUCUUGAGGAGAACCCUGGACUUAAGUUUGAUGCGCCUGUCGUUCCCGAGGAUCUUAAGACCUUGAACUUCCGCAAGCGCUACGAUACCAUGCAGGAUCAGUUCACUAAGAUGAUGAUGGAGAGUGGGAAAUUGACCAAGGCCCAGAAGAAUAUGUCUCUCGUUCUGGAUCACCUCCGCACCUCCUCUCCUCCUCAGAUCAACCCCCGUCGCCGUCUCCUCGGUGCUCCCCCUGCAUCCCAGCUCCCCCUCGACCCCGUCCUCUACCUCACCCUCGUCGUCGACUCCGUGGCGCCUCUCUUCCGAAUCCGUCAGCAGAAGGGUAUUGCUGGUGGUGGUACUGCCGUGCAGAUCCCCCACCCGCUGACUCUGCGCCAGCGCCGCCGUACCGCGAUCAAGUGGAUUAUUGAUGCGUCGGAAAAGCGACGCGAUGCGCUGUUUGCGAACCGUGUUGCGGCUGAGGUCGUGGCUGUUGCCGAGGGUCGUAGCGGUGUCUGGGAGAAGAGGGACCAGCAGCACAAGAUUGCUCCAACAGCGCAACUGUUCCUGAAGUCGAAGAAGAAAAAAGCCCCCAAGACAUUCAAUACUUUACAUAUUUACAGUCUUGGGCCGACUACCCUCCGGCCUCCUUCAUUGACGGUGGCUCCUACGUUGCGCGACGAUUCCAUUGAACUUGUCGACUACCACCCUACCACCCACACAGCAACCACCAGCGCAUCUGGCCGCACUCAUUCAGACGAAUAUCAAGGUAGCGAUAGGCGGUUGGACCCUGCCGCCAAUUCGCCGCUGGGCUUUGAUACCGGUUUUCGAGAAUCGCAGGAGGGAUUAGAGCUUGACGAGCUUCGCCCUGAGGGCUCUCGUCUUAGGUUCUGGGCUGAGGCUCUCCGACGUCGCGCUUAUAACGCAUCGCACGGGAUCGUCGAUCCGGAUUCCGAAAAGAUGAAGUUCUCGCAUAGUGUGCAGUUCAAUGCUGUGCCCGAUUGGAGCUCGAAUUAUAUCGCGUAUAGCAAUUUGAAGAAAUUGAUCUACACCCUUGAGAAACAGGUCAAUCGCAUUGAUGGACCGUCCGCCACAGAUGUAGAGGCCGCUCCGCUGCUGGGUGGUAUUGAACCGAGUAACCCGGAUGCAAUCUUUAAGCGGGCUCUUGACGUUGAGAUGGAUAAGAUCUGUUCUUUCUAUAAGAAGAAGGAGGCGGAGAUUUUUGAACUCGCGGAUGAGCUCAUCAAAGACGCUGAUGUAUAUCUUUCCGAGACAGACGGUGUCAAUAUGGACCCCGUCAGCGAGACAAUAAUCAAGGCAAGCUCCCGUCGCGGAAACGGUAAUUCCUCGAUCCCGCAUCGGCGGCCUAGUGCUAUGAGCAAUGACUCGAUGGCGGAUGAUGAAAGAGAAGGCGGUGAUAGCGAUGACGACCGGUCCCCGACAAUCCUCCCACAGCGCCGGAGAUUGCUGCAGUCUACCGAUGGUGAGUCUGGCACGGACGACCAGCAUGGCGAUAUGGCAGACUCCUACUUUGGACCGAUGACUACCAGAGAACAGCACGAGUCGCACUUCAACGACGAGGAUUUCCUCGCUCUUUACAAUACCGGUAUCUCGCUGAAGAAGCGCCUGAUCGAAUGUUAUGUCUCACUCUGCGAACUCCGCUCCUUCAUCGAGCUGAACAAGACUGGCUUCUCCAAGGCCCUGAAGAAAUAUGACAAAACCUUGGACCGCAGCCUGCGUCGAGACUACCUAGCCACUGUUGUUCAUACCGCAGCACCUUUCACCGACAGCACCAUGGCUGCCAUCGAUCAGCAUAUUGACAACGUGGAGGGUGUGUAUGCGGGCAUUGUCACGAAGAACAACAAGCAGUUUGCUAGACGCGAGCUGCGUCUGCAUCUGCGUGAGCAUGUUGUCUGGGAGCGGAACACCGUCUGGCGUGAGAUGAUCGAGAUCGAACGUCGUGCACAGGCUGCCAAUGUUGGUAUUCGUCGGACCCUACUGGGCGGUGAUGAGGACCCGGCCACUGCACGGCGCCAGGGUGACAAGAAUGAGAUUCGCACCCAGGAGGUAUCAACGCCGCUGGGUCGGUUCCAAUUCCCGUCGUGGCUCUGCAGCUUGAGCUUUGGUACGCUCAUAUUUAGUAUCGCCAUCUUCGGCACGAUGCUUUCCGUUAACAUAAUGGAUACUCCCGAGGAGCAAAACUGCUUGGCUAUGUUGGUCCUCGUUAGUAUUCUGUGGGCCACUGAGGCUAUUCCGCUGUUCGUUACUUCGCUUCUUAUCCCAUUCCUGGUCGUGACUCUAGGCAUCAUGCGGUCAGACGAUGAGGCUCAGACGCGGCUGGGACCCAAGGAAUCAGUCGGCAAGGUAUUCGCGGCGAUGUGGACUCCUGUGAUUAUGCUGCUCCUAGGUGGCUUCUCAAUCGCAGCGGCGCUGUCCAAGUACGAUAUCGCACGGCGCAUGGCCAUGUUCGUGCUCAGCAAAGCCGGAUCGAAGCCAUCUGUAGUGCUAUUGACCAACAUGUUUGUGAGCAUGUUCCUGAGCAUGUGGAUCAGUAACGUUGCAUCUCCCGUGCUCUGCUACUCGAUCAUCCAGCCUUUGCUGCGCAACAUGCCUCCCGAGUCCAACUUUGCCAAGGCACUCGUGCUGGGUAUCGCAUUAGCCGCCAAUGUCGGCGGUGCCGCGUCCCCGAUUGCCUCUCCCCAAAACAUCAUCGCCCUGCAGAACAUGGACCCCAACAUCAGCUGGGGCACAUGGUUCUUCAUCGCACUCCCCGUCUGCAUCAUCUCCAUUCUCCUCAUUUGGGUUCUGCUGCUGGUGACAUUCCGUCCGGGCCGCAACACAACCGUCAUGGCCUUCCGCCCCGUCAAGGACCGCUGGACCGGCAUGCAGUCCUUCAUCGCCAUCGUCACCGUCCUGACAAUCAUCCUGUGGUGCACCAGCCACCAACUCGAACACAUCUUCGGCGACAUGGGCGUCAUCGCCAUCAUCCCUCUCGUCCUCUUCUUCGGCACUGGUAUCCUCAACAAAGAAGACUUCAACAACUUCCUCUGGACAAUCAUCAUCCUCGCAGCCGGUGGUCUGUGUCUGGGCAAGGCCGUCACCUCAUCUGGCUUGCUGCACACAAUCGCCAUGGGAAUCACCGCCCGCGUCGAGAACCUCAGUCUGUACAGCGUCCUAAUCGUCUUCUGUUCUCUCAUCCUUGUCAUGGCCACCUUCAUCUCGCACACCGUUGCCGCCCUCAUCAUCCUGCCGCUUGUCCGCCAGAUCGGAGUUAGCAUGGAGGACCCUCACCCCAACUUGUUGGUCAUGGCCAGUGCCUUGAUGUGCUCUGUCGCCAUGGCUUUGCCUACCAGUGGAUUCCCUAAUAUGACUGCUAUCAUGACCGAAGUACCCACCACAGGCCAGCGAUACCUUCAAGUCCGCCAUUUCCUCACUCGCGGUAUCCCGGCCAGUCUUAUGGCCUUUGUGGUGAUUGUUACGCUUGGAUAUGGACUGAUGUAUGUUGCGGGGCUGUAG